AUGGCCGACGGAGACGAUACCGCAGUCGCCAAGGUCGAGGUCGUUUCACCAAAGGACACCUCUGCCAUCAGCGACGGGCCUGUCGCAUCACUACGUAGCUCGCUCGAGGCACGCGCCGAUCCAGACGCCCAAAACACCGUCACCGACUUCAUCGACUUUACCGAGUACCUGCCAGCUGAUAUUGUCCGAUCCCUGACCCUAAUCGGCAAACUUGACGAAACGUAUCACGAAGCCUCGCUUAAGGUCGAUGACUUGACAAAAACAUGGGCUCGUUUGCCCACGAUACCGUCGCCCGAGCGGCCGGCACCCCUUCAACUUCGUGCCGAUAUUUCAAGGCACCUCAAACAUGCUGUGGACUCGCGUACCUUUGCCCAUACCGAGGCAGUUCGUAUGUCCGAGAGCGUUGAUCGCCACUACUUCAAGGCAAAAGUUCUACUUGAAAAGCUGCAAACCAUGAUGGACAGUUAUCCGACCGAAGAUCAAAAGAGCAGCCCGACAGAGGCCAAGUCGCCGCAAAUGACCCGCGCAAAGCUCGCUGUUCGUCCUACCGGGGAGGACGGCAAGAAGAUCAGCCGACGCAGAGUGCCCAGGAUCACGGUUCCAGGCGAGGUCCUCGCGCCUUACGAUAUCGAAUACGACACAUUCUCUGACGACAGUGACAUCAGCACCGACGAGGACUCCGACACCGCCACCAGUCGUAGAACGCCUGGCCCGCCCAAGAUCAAACUCAUCACCAGUAGAGGGGUGCCCAAAACGAUAAGCCGGUCCGCACGAUCGCUCUCGUUUUCUUCUCCUGCACUGACUGCCGCGGCUGCUGCGAAUGCUGCUGCCUUACUCCAUCCUCCACCGCAAAAUGCUGUCGUCGGGAGCAAGGAUGCGCCUUGGCUACAGCUUACCCAGUACGAGUUAGCUGUGCUCAGGAAGCGCAUGAAGAAGAACGCUGCAUGGGCUCCCAGCGAGACCAUGAUCGCGAGGGAGCUCAAAGCACUCGGUCGUGGACCCGAAGCCUACCGGGAAGCCAAGAAGAAAGCCGAGGACGAGGGGCGUGUAUUCGACGCCCAAGUCCCAGCUCUUGUGACGGAUGAUGAAUCUGGUUCCCAGCAGCUACCCGCUGGAGCCAUCAGUGCCGAGUUGCUCGAUGCCACCGAGGUACCCACUAGUAACAAGGGCAUGAAGUUGAACGAAGCCAAGAAGCUAAAGCGGGAGGCCUUGGCAAAGCAGGCGGCCGAAGAGGCGGAAGAAUCUGAGCGAAAGAUGCGCGAGGCUGCUCAACUGUUCCUACACACUGAUAAGUCCAGUAGUGAGAAGAACCAAACGAGCAAAUCACGGUCCGGCUCACGGAAUCAGCCAAAGCGUAAGCGCGAUGGCGAUGCGGAGGAGGACAAGGAAACAUCUGCGCCCGCAGAGACCCCGCGCAACACAAAGCGCACAAAGAUUGAAACACCUGUGCUGCCACCAAGGCAUCCAAGCUUCAAUAACGAGACGUCAACGCCGUCGAGCGUCGCCACACCGUCCAGCAGUCUCCCCCCGCCGGCUACGCAGACACCGGUCCCCAUCCCUAUUUACACACGAUCGGCGUCGGCGGCAUCAGCCACGGACCAUGCUACUCCUACAGUUACGACAUCAGUUCCAGUAAAACCGCCAGCGCAAACACCCGUGCCGCUUCCCAAGACGGAGCAGAGGCAUACUGUUACGCCAGUCUAUCCACCAGUGCGAGACAUCCCUUCGCGAGAAGCCAAAAAGACGCAACUAGUAGCUUUGCAGCCCCAAGCGCAGCCGCAGCCUGAGCUUGGCUCGCGGCGAUCCGUAUCGCGCGGCGUCACGCCGAGCGCAGAGCCGACCCGGCGCCCUGGAUCGCGGGGUAAGACUAUGAGUCAAGAGCCGCCGUCUUCCCUGGCAUCGGACCGCCCGCGCCGGGCGAGCACAACUAGGAACACGCCGGUGCCGGAGGCCAGGCCGCCGGCACGGCGCGCGAAGCGCCCUGCUCCCGGCAUAGUAAGCACCACUAGCAGCGGCGGUAACAGCGCCGUCGGCAAGCGGAAAGCCGCGCCGAAGAAGAAGGCCCGCGCCCUCAAGAAGGACAGGGGCCACGGGCUGGAGACGGAGAUUGAGAUGGAGGAGGUGGACGACGAGGGGAACCCGAUCGACCCCAACGAGCCGCGUUACUGUGUUUGCAACGGGGUUAGCUUUGGUACUAUGAUUCUAUGCGAGAACUCGGAGAAUUGCAAAUAUGAGUGGUUUCACUUGGGCUGUGUUGGUCUUGACGAAGUCCCCGCGCGAACUACAAAAUGGUACUGCCCCGACUGUCGCCGGCUCCUGAACAUUGGCGAGAGGGGUGAAGUGAGCGCACGUGGCGUUCGAAAGUAG